AUGAAGGACAACAUGCUUGUUCGCAGAUCAUGCUUCGACCCUCAUCUCAUCCGCAUCAAAUACCCGCAAACACUCGAGAUGCUCUGCAAAAUACACGAUGGUGAAUGCGGGAACCACGUUGGGGGUAGAUCGCUUGCCAGAAGGCUUUCAGCUCAGACUACCUCUCGCCUACCUACGCCAAGACUCCAUGGAGCCAUUUACUUGGUGGGACCUAUGCCACCUGCACUUGCCAAUGAAGACAUGAUGAUCGUUGCCAUUGACUACUUCACUGAGUAG